AUAUGCAUUGACCCUGACUCCCCUGGCAUUGAGUUUGGAAGAGUUGAUACCAGCAAACCAUCUGAAGUCACACACAUAUGCAAUCAUCAUUAGAACAGCUUUGGUGCUCUCUACCUUGUUCGUGGCACUUUCAGUACCAUUCUUUGGUCUGAUGAUGUCUCUAAUUGGUUCCUUGCUCACCAUGCUUGUAACUUUGGUUCUUCCUUGUGCCUGCUUUUUGAGCAUUCUCAGGGGUCAAGUGACUUGGACUCAGGUAUCAUUAUGUAUAUUGAUUAUCAUAGUAGGAGUGGUCUGCUCUACCUUCGGCACAUACUCAGCACUAUCCAAAAUAAUUCAAAAUUUGAGUUAAUCUUUUGUUUGCCAUAUGAAGAUUAUGUCUAAAGGCCUUCAAUUUUGCUCUCUUUUUUGUCCUAAUUUUUGCUUUAAUUUUUCUUGUAAAUUAGGUGAGGGGAUCAUUAAAUGUUCCUUUGAAUUUUACUUCAGCAAGAUCUUUUGCAUGAAGUCUUUUUGCUUCUAA